AUGGGACACGCAUCAGGAUGGAGCAACUUCCAUGUGGGAAGAGAGUGCAGCCACUUGAAAUGGUCGAAGAACAUUGCUCCCAAGCUGACCGUCUCAUCCGGAGAGACCGUCACCUUUGACGCCGCUGACAGCAGCAACGGUCAACUGUCAGCCACCUCUGACUCCUCGGCGAUCAAGUCCCUCGAUCUCGGCCUGGUCAAUCCCGUCUUCGGGCCCGUUUAUGUGCAAGAUGCAGAGCCGGGUGAUGUCCUCAAGGUAGAAAUCCUGAACCUGGAAGUCGCCGAUUGGGGCUGGUCCGCUAUCAUUCCUGGGUUCGGCCUGCUGGCAGACGAAUUCCCUGAGCCGGAGCUCAAAAUCUGGUCGCUCGACCGGGAGAAGGGAUUUGCCGAGUUUAAAAAUAUUCGCAUCCCGCUACGGCCGUUCCUCGGAUGCAUGGGCCUGGCACCAGCCACCGAUGACGAACUCUCCACCGUUCCGCCGACAAAUCACGGCGGGAAUAUGGACUGCCGGGAACUGAGCGCUGGCUCUGUCGUCUACCUGCCCGUCCAGACGGCUGGUGCACUUUUCAGCUGCGGCGACGGACACGCGGCCCAGGGCCAUGGGGAGGUCUGCGGGACUGCCAUCGAAACUCCCAUUCGCGCGACUCUCCGCUUUGAGCUCUGUAAGGACCAGUCAUGGGUCACUUCACCUCACUAUCAGACUCCUCCGCUGGCACAGAUUCCCAAUCCCCUUCCCGACCUGGGCACAUACGGCGUCCUGGGAGUUGCUUCGGAUCUACUCGAGGCCACAAGGAAUGCCCUGCGGAAUUUCAUCCAAUGGCUUGUCGAAACUCGGGGACUCACUCGCAGCGAGGCGUAUAUUCUUGCCAGCGUUGCCGGAGACUUGCUGAUUACCGAGGCAGUCAAUGUGCCCAAUUAUGAAGCGGCCAUGAGUCUACCUUUAGGCAUCUUUGUUUGA